CGGUUCUCUCUGGGCGUUGCAGUGAAGGCCGGCUGCCGCCCCCGCCGCGUCGGAGGCCGUCCGAUCGAGAACCCGCUGGACAGAGUGCACCGCGAGAUCGCCAUCCUCAAGAAGCUCAUCCACCCCAACGUCGUCAAGCUGGUCGAGGUCCUGGACGACCCGGACGAGGAUAACUUCUACAUGGCAUUCGAGCUCCUGGAGAAGGGCGAGGUGAUGGAGGUGCCGACGGACACGCCCCUCACGGAAGACCAGGCCUGGGGCUACUUCAGGGACGUCGUUCUCGGCAUAGAAUACUUACACUACCAGAAAAUCCACCGAGACAUCAAGCCAUCGAACCUGCUGCUCGGCGACAACGGACACAUCCAGAUCGCGGACUUCGGGGUCUGCAACGAGUUCGACGGCCAGGACGCCUUCCUCACCAACACGGCGGGAACACCUGCCUUCAUGGCCCCCGAAGCGCUCUCCACGUCUCGGCAUAAGUAUUCCGGGAAGGCCGCUGACAUCUGGGCAAUGGGCGUGACUUUAUAUGCCUUCGUUUACGGGAAACUUCCAUUCCACGAUGAAAAUAUUGUUGUGUUGUACGAUAAGAUCCGGAACGCGCCCCUCGUGUUCCCUCCCGCGCCGUUCGUCUCCGAUGAUCUCAAGGAUCUGAUUAGCCUAAUGUUAGAAAAGGAUCCUGCUAAGAGAAUAACGCUACCGGAUAUUAAGCAACAUCCCUGGGUGACAGCAGGCAAUCAGUACCCAUUACCCACCGAAGAGGAGAACUGUGUACUGAUCGAGGUCACGGACGAGGAAGUCCAGACGUGCGUGCGGUCGAUCCCCAAGCUGGAAACGCUAAUCCUCAUCAAGUGUAUGCUCAAGAAACACAGCUUCCACAACCCGUUCAAGAUGAACGUGCUCAUCAAGGAGCAGUUUGCGCGUGCAGGACGGUCGCACUCGGCGCCUGGUUCGUAUGAGUUCUACUUGGACAGGAAGAGGUCGCUUGAUAUCACACUCCCAGCAGUAGAUGAACUGGAGGUCUGCGGGGAGGACAGAUGAUGUGACGGCCUAUCACUUGGUGCAGUGCAGAAGGAAAUCAUCAUCAUGAUGUACUUGUUACAAUUUCUAAAAUGAUAUAAAUGUAAAGAACAUGAUAAACUUAAAAACUCUCUAAAAACUUACCUCGUUGUUGUUGGUUUCUCAUUAACUUCCUAAGAUCAUUUAUUGAAUACAUAUAACAGGAUGCAAAACUGUAUCCUUUAAUGCAAUAAAAUGUGUAUCUGCUGUUUUAAGUGAGAGAAAGCUGUGCCAACACAAUAAAGCGUAGCUGCUCUAGUAAUGCAUAAAUAGAGAAGAGAUUUUGCAAGGGGACAAAGACAGUUAAAAGUGAGUAAUGAAGAUAAUGCAUGCAGCGGUGCUAGAAAAGGCAGGCAAGGCAAUUGUUGGUUAUGUUUUGAAGAGAUGUUUUGGCUAAGAUGUCUUACACUGCCAGAAAACUGAAAUAGUGUAGACUGAGCACUUAGAGAGUUUAAUGUUAUUUUUGAAUCAGUAUGUAAGAGUUUUGAAGUGUUUUUGUCUUGGCUAAAGUCUGCUACAAUUUAUAUUUAUUACCCCACCAACAGGAGAAUAAUGGUUGAUUA